UGAGUCGUGUGGAGGCAAGGUACCAAAGUCUCCAAAAGUCAACAGGUAGAUCCGGUUGCUUUGAUCCGUUUCGCUCUCUAUUGGGUCGUACCCUCUUCUUUAGUUUCCAACAGCCUCUCUCUCUGCUUUUGCUAGUGACAGGAACUUAAACAAUGAAGACUGCAAAGGGCAAGGGAGCAGCGAGGCCCUCAAAAGAAUCACUGAAGCCUGUUGAUGACCGAAAGGUUGGAAAGCGGAAGGCUUCUGGUAAGCCUGAGAAAAGCAGAGCACCAAAGAAGGAGAAGAAGGCCAAGAAAGACCCCAACAAGCCUAAAAGACCACCGAGUGCUUUCUUCGUGUUCCUUGAGGAGUUCAGGAAGACCUUUAAGGCUGAGAAUCCUCUCGUGAAGGCUGUAUCAGUUGUUGGAAAAGCUGGAGGAGAGAAAUGGAAAUCCCUGUCCAGUGCUGAGAAAGCUCCAUAUGAAGCCAAGGCUGCAAAAAGGAAAGCUGAGUAUGAAAAACUUAUCAAAGCUUAUGAGAAAAAGCAGGCAAGCUCUGCAGAUGAUGAUGAAUCAGACAAGUCCAAAUCUGAAGUGAAUGAUGAAGAUGAUGCCAGUGGAGAGGAGGACCACCAAGAGGACGAGGAUGAUGAGGAGGAAGAGGACGAUGAAGAUGAUGACUGAGAUUGAUGUCCAAAACCUUGGUUAUGAUAUUUUGUUUAUGAGGGAGGCUAUUAUAUAUUCUGACUGUGCAUACUAGGCUACUUUUUAUGUUUGUGCUGGUAGAAAAGAAUGUCUUCUUUGUUGGUACGAUAUAUUGCCAACUACUUGAGCUUCCCUCACUUAGCUAUCGUACCUGAAUCACUUUUUGUGCAUUGUAGCCUUAAAUGGGUUGCUUUAAGUAAUAUAAUUUCUUUCUGAUCAAUGCAUUGGCAAAAUUAUAA